CAAACAAUUCCUCAUUUCUUCCUUCGGCUUUUACACUUCUAACACCUUAUUUUCUCUCUAAUAGCAUCCAAAAAUAGCUGAAAAUUCACCUUAAUCCUUCCCAUUUGCUAAGAAGCUUUACUCCAUUCUUGUAAAAUAAGGUGGUCUCGAAAAAUGAAUAAUAAUCGAUCUUGGAUGUAUGAGAGGAUUGAUGAUAGAGGAUUUUUGAAUUCUCUAUUUAUUUCCGGGGUGGAGGAUUUUAUGAAUUAUGCUAUAUCUCAGCCAACGUCUAUGGGUGGGACAAGUAUCCAAUGUCCUUGUUCAAAGUGUAAGAAUCGAAAAUUUUUGAAUGGAGAUAUGGUGAAGCUGCAUCUAUUGAAGAAUGGAUUUGUGAAAGAUUAUUAUGUAUGGAGUCGACAUGGAGAGUCAUCCAUUUAUAAUGAAAAUGACGAACAUCCUUCAACAAAUCAUUCCAAUAUUUCACGGGGCACGGAUGGGAGCAACCUAAUGUACAAUAUGGUGAUUAAUGCAGCUGGUCCAAGUUUUGAUCCACAUGAUUCAGAAGAGAUGCCGAAUGCAGCAGCACAAAAUAUAUACAACAUGUUAAAGUCUUCAGAACGAGAGUUAUAUGAUGGUUGUGAAACUUCACAGUUGGCUGCCAUGGCUCAAAUGUUGAGUUUGAAAUCUGAUCAUCACUGGUCGGAGGCAUGUUAUGAUCAGACAUCACAAUUUGUCAAAGGUAUCUUGCCUGAAGACAAUACAUUUCUUGAUAGUUUCUAUAGCACAAAGAAACAUAUGGAAGGAUUGGGUCUACCUUCCAUUCAUAUCGACUGUUGUGUUAAUGGUUGCAUGAUAUAUUGGAACGAAGACAUUGACAUGGAGUCAUGCAAAUUUUGUUCUCAGCCGAGAUACAAGAUUAGAGUUCACAGAUCCACAAGAGAGAGAAAGAAAGUAGCUGUUCAAAAGAUGAUAUAUUUUCCACUGGCCCCGAGAUUGCAAAGGUUAUAUGCCUCACCGACUACUGCAGCUCACAUGAGAUGGCAUGCCGAUCACUAUAAGGAAGAUGGUGUGAUGCGUCAUUGUUCAGAUUCAGAGGAGUGGAAGCAAUUUGAUAGAGCGCAUCCAUUAUUUUCCUCAGAGAUAAGAAAUGUGAGACUUGGACUUUCUGCUGAUGGAUUUCAGCCAUUUGGUAGUUCCGGCAAGCAAUAUUCUUCUUGGCCAAUUAUAGUGACUCCAUAUAACUUACCCCCCUGGAUGUGUUCAAAAGAAGAGUACAUGUUUCUAUCCAUCCUUGUACCUGGUCCGAGAAAUCCAAAGCAGAAGAUAGAUGUUUUUCUUCAACCAUUGGUUUCCGAGUUAAAAAUGCUAUGGGAAGUUGGUGUAGAGACAUGGGAUACUUCUUUGAAACAAAAUUUUCAGAUGCGAGCGGCUUUGAUGUGGACUAUAAGUGACUUUCCUGCUUAUUCAAUGUUAUCGGGAUGGAAAACUGCUGGUCAUUUAGCUUGUCCUCAUUGUGCUCAUGAUCAUGAUGCUUAUAAUCUCAAACAUGGAGGAAAGACAACAUGGUUCGAUAAUCAUCGAAAAUUUUUACCUAGAAAUCAUCCAUUUCGAAAGAAUAAAAAUUGGUUUACCAAGGGGAAGGUUGUGUCUGAAUUUCCUCCACCUAUUCGGACAGGUGAAGAUGUCUUACAAGAAAUUGAGUCACUUGGUUUGAUGAAAAUCACUGAACUGGGAAGUGAGGAACAUAAUGCAAGAAUCAUCAAAACUUAUAAUUGUGGAUGGAAAAAGCGAAGCAUCUUUUGGGAUUUGCCAUAUUGGAGGACGUUAUCAAUUAGACAUAAUCUUGAUGUUAUGCACAUUGAAAAAAAUGUGUUUGAGAAUCUUUUUAACACCAUAAUGGCCAUUGAAGGUAAAACCAAAGAUAAUGCUAAAGCUAGAGCUGAUAUUGCACUAAUCUGUCGAAGGCCUGAGUUAGCAAUCAAUGAGUCAACACAAAAAUAUCCAAAAGCAUGUUACAGCUUGGAUAAAAAGGGUAAAGAAGCAGUUUGCAAAUGGUUACAAGAUCUUAAAUUUCCGGAUGGAUAUGUUUCAAAUAUGGGACGUUGCAUCGACAUGAAAAAAUACAAGUUAUUUGGAAUGAAAAGUCAUGACUGUCAUGUGUUUAUGCAAAGACUUCUGCCAAUUGCUUUUCGAGAAUUUCUUCCUAAUAAUGUUUGGGAAGCUGUGACAGAGUUGAGCCUUUUUUUCAGGGAUCUAGCUUCAUCCACUUUGAAGGUUAGUGAUAUGUGUAGACUUGAAGAACAGAUUCCAGUGAUACUUUGCAAGUUGGAACGCAUAUUUCCACCAGCUUUGUUUGACUCAAUGGAACAUCUUUUGGUGCAUUUACCGUAUGAGGCACGUAUAGCUGGUCCUGUACAGUAUCGUUGGAUGAGUGCACGAAGACUUCGACUAACCAGUAGUCCUAAUCCUGGGAACUCUACAGAACACACUCCAAUCCGAUCACAGCGAUCACAGACGGAACACACACCUGCACAGUCAAGGGUUCUAUCUUCAGCAUCUGCGAAUGAACCUGAACAUGCCAGUGAAUCGGAAGAUCCAUAUUGGGAAGUUGGCUCCAUGCAUGAUGACGGGCGUAUGCGGGUCGAAGUAAUUAGUGGAUUGUUAGAGCCUUCAGGUAGAUGCUCGCGAGCUAUCACAGAUUCUAUAUCUGAGAGGCAGGAUCCUGAUGGAUUCUCCUGGAAGGCAGUGUCCAAGGAGGUGAAAGAUUUUUAUUUCGACGAGUUCAAGAAAACAUGUGUUUGGAGACAAGACGACAGAAUAAUACAUAAAGCAUGGGCAAAGAAAGCGAGUGUUCGUUAUACAAACUUUUGCAGUGAUGCCCGGGCAAGAUGGGAAAAAGGUGGACAGGAUAGUAGAGUUGCUAUGCAUGUAUGGUUGCGUUGGGUUGAGUUUUGGAAAACCCCGAAUUUUCAAGUUAAAUCAAAUACUCAAAAGAAGAAUCGCAAGGGUGGAGCUGACAAAUACCCUCCAACCCACACAGGUGGUUCAGCCUCUUUAAGAACCCAUGCCGCUGUGCUGGCGAAGACUCAAGGUAAAGAUCCAACUCCGGCCGAUGUUUAUCUUAUUACACAUACGGUGAAGCAUGAUAAAAAGACUUUUGUUACCAAGAAAGCAGAACAAGUUUAUAAAAGGGUUGAGACACUACGUGAGGAACUCUCAGCACCCAUUGAAGGUUCUGAUGAACCUCAAGUUGUUGAUGAAGACCAAUUGUUCCUUAAAGCUGCUGGUGGACUUGACAAAAAAAGCAGAGUUUAUGGCAUGGGUUCAUUACAGAGCGUUAUAUAUGGACCGGAAACUGGAGGUAGUCGUCAUAGGGGCUCCAAUUUCAGACAUGAAGAAUAUAAGCAAAUGCAAGUGGAGUUGCAGGACAUGAAGAACCAAGUGAAGGAGUUACAAGAAAUGAGAAACCAGGAACUAGAAGAGAUGAGAAAGCAGAUGGAAGAAAUGAAGAACCAACUUGCAUUGGUGUUUAACCAUCAGAAUUAAGUUUGCCUGCCUGCCUGGCCUGACUUUUAUUUAUGUUAAGUUUGUAUGACUUCUGAAAUAUUGUAGUUUGGAUGCUGCUUUUGUUUAUAACUUGGGCUGUUGCUUUUGCUACUAAAUCUAUGACUGUUCCUUUAUUUAAUUAAGCAGUUUAUUUUAUUAA